UGUACAAGUAUCAAACCUUGCAUCACCCAUCAAUUCUGACAAAUCCGUCAUCCGAUCAUUUAAUUGCCACCUUUCAUCUGUUUCUUUGUUUUCCACAUUUAUCUUCAAUACUCGAGAACUUACGAUUUAAUCCAUCGCAAUCAUGUCUGCAGACGCUCCCUCGGCCUCUGCGCCCGCGCAAGAUGCGCCUCAACAGCAAUCUCGAGGGCGCAAGGAUAGUUUUUCUGGAAAAUCGCAAACUUCGGAGACAUCGCAAACUGCUGCCGAGUUUAUUCGAUCUCAGGAAGCUCUUGAAGCUGAUGCCCGCGAGGCUCUGCCUUACAGCAUUGAUACAUGCACCAAAAUCCUCGGCCCUCUGCGACAAGCUGUCUUCGCCUGCUUGACUUGCAAUCCUCCCCCAGCGAAAGAAGGCGACGACUGGACCCCCGCAGGUGUCUGCUAUGCCUGUUCCAUUCAAUGUCACGGUGAACACACCCUCGUCGAGAUAUUCCAGAAGCGCAACUUCACAUGUGACUGCGGUACCAAGCGAAUUCCUUCAACAAGCCCAUGCACUCUUCGAUUGAACGAAGCCACCAACACUCGAGGCGGGGUUCACUGCGAGGAGCCCGACGUGAACAACAAGUACAAUCACAACUUCCGCAAUAGAUUCUGCGGUUGUGAGUGCGACUAUGAUCCAUUCCAACAGAAGGGUACAAUGUUCCAGUGUCUGGGUCUGGGAACAACUGAAACAGGUGGAUGCGGCGAAGACUGGUAUCAUCCAGGAUGUCUUGUUGGCAUGGGACCUAACUGGUUCGAGAUGAUGGAGAAGCCUAAAAAGGCGACUAAAGAGAAUGCUGGCGAAGGCAAGCUGAUGACGAUCACCGAGGGUAACGAAGAGGGGCAACAGAAUUCUGCUGAGAAGCCUGGAGAGACGAACGGUACUGCCCACCCUGCUGCUGAGGAAGACGAUGACGAUGAAGACGUCCCCAUGCCUCCUGGAUUUCCCGAGGAAGAUGCCUUCGAAGCCUUCCUCUGUUACAAGUGUGUUGAAGCGCAUCCCUGGAUCAAGCGCUACGCUGGUACUUCAGGCUUUCUUCCAGCAGUCUUCGUUAACCAAGCCGACCCCAAGACAAAGGUCGAGGCUGGCCCUGUCAAAGAGGAGUCUUCUGCUACUACUGGGCAAACCCCUACCAACGAGCCCGCUCAGGACUCACGAAAGCGCAAGGCCGAAGAUGAUGCCGAGGAGUCUACAGAAGCUAAGCGUGUCAAGAGCGAGUCCCUACCUGAAGAUGCAAAGCCCGCGGAGACAUCAUCAACAGAUACACUCCCAUGUAAGCUGAACAACCUCCCUCCUGCCCCCCAGAGCCAGUUCUCGCUUUUCAUGAAGGAAGACUUCCGCGAUGCCUUCUGCCGCUGCUCAUCCUGUUAUCCCAACCUCAACCCUCACCCUCAACUCCUGGAAGAGGAAGAAGUCUAUGAACCACCUCUGUCCGACAAUGGCUCCCAAGCAGGCGGCAACGGUGGUGGUUCACAUGGUAGUGGCAGUCUUCUCGAGCGUGGUGAGAGCGCACUUCGCAACGUCGACCGCGUGCGGGCCAUUGAGGGUGUUAUGGCGUACAACCACCUUAAGGAGCGACUCAAGCCAUUCUUCCAGCAGUUCGCUGAGAGCGGGCAAGCCAUUGGUGCUGAAGAUAUCAAAGCAUACUUUGCCAAGCUGAGAGGUGAUGAGCAGGGUAUGCAGGAGGCAGCUGCUGGAGCCAAGGAUGGUGAGGGAGGUGAUAACGGUGAUGGCGAUCAGCGAAAGGAGCAGAGCGGUUAUUAACCAUUUGGAUGUGGGACAUGAACAUGAUAUUGAUGCUAUAAGGGUGAGCGGGGAGUUGACCGGACUGGAUACACGGUUGGGUUGUUUGGUGUAAGAGUAGUGUACAGUACAGGCGGCAUACCAUAAUUUGAUACCGGAAAUGGGGUUACAAAAGAUAGUCCGAGACAAUAUUUGAUUG